GUUUAAUUCCAUUCAGAUAAAUCAAGUGUUUUCUAUUUCCCCUUCCUCGGGGACAGAAGUAUGGCAUCGUCAAUACCCCUAUAUCCCGGUAAUGGAGAAACUAUGUAACCAAAUAGAGGGGCUGCGCUCACGAUAAUAAAUAUUAGAAUAAAAGAAGCGCUUUUAUUUCCCAUAUGACAAAAUGUCGGUGGCGUUUUCAUCGGCUCGCCCCAGGAGUAAAGGGGAGGUGACACAGCAGACGAUUCAAAAGAUGCUGGAUGAAAAUCACCAUUUAAUACAACGUAUCAUGGAUUACCAAAGCAAAGGCAAGACAGCUGAAUGCACACAGUAUCAGCAGAUCCUGCACAGAAAUCUUGUUUACUUGGCCACAAUAGCUGAUUCAAAUCAGAACAUGCAGUCACUACUACCUGCGCCUCCCACUCCAAAUAUGUCAAUGGGUCCUGGCGGGAUGGGCCAGAGUGGAGGACACGCUCCAAACAACCUCAAUGACAACAUGGCACCAGGACUUCCCCCCACAUCAAUGAUGCAGAGUCAAAUGAGCAACGGCCCCAGCCAUGCCCCCAUGCAGCAGCAGUCUGGUCAGGUGCAGUCGACUAUUCCCUCCACGUCCCUCAGCCUGCCAGUCAGCAGCUAUGGUAGCUCGGUGUCCGGCUACAGCCACGCUGCACCCUCCUCGCAGGCCAGCAUGAUCCAGGGCCCCGGGCCUGGUUAUGGCUCUUCCUCCUCUUCUUCCUCCUCGUCCUCAUCCUCUUCCUCCUCCUCCUCCCGCAGCAACCUCAACAUGCAGUCCAACCCAGUCUCCAUGAUGCACCAACAAUCUGCCACUCCACACUACUCCUCAGCCCAGGCUGGGGGCCCACACUAUCAGGGACAGCAGUCCAUGGGCAUGAUGGGUCAGGGAGGUCAAGGAAACAGCAUGAUGUCUCAGAGGCCCAUGGGAUCCUACCGCUCCUCCCAGCAAGGAUCUGCACAGCAGUACAUGGGACAAGACGAGUUCUACGGAGAGCAGUAUGGACACACUCAGAGCUCCAGCGAGCCCAUAAACCAGCAGUAUUACCCUGAUGGUCAUGGGGAGUACGCUUAUCAGCAGUCUUCAUAUGGUGAGCAAGGCUACGACAGAUCGUUUGAUGAGUCCUCACAGCAUUACUAUGAAGGAGGUAACUCUCAGUACAGUCAACAGCAGGCCCAGUAUCAGCAGAGCUCUGGCCAGCAGCAGCCCUUCAGCCAACAGCAGUACUCCUCUCAGCAAGGCUACAGCGGGCAGCCACAGGGAUACGGUCCUGGCCAGGGAGGAUCUUCCCAGUAUUCUCAGUAUCAGCAGGGUCAAAGCCAACAGUAUGGAUCCUACCGCUCUUCACAGGGAGGCCCUGGAGCACAGACGCAGAGGCCCUAUGCCUAUGAACAGGGUCAGUAUGGAAAUUAUCAGCAAUAAAGCACCGCAUCGUUUUGCUGUUGGAAGACGAAGAGAAUUGGGACGGUUCAACAGUUCUGUGCUGGGCUCAGCUGUGGAUUAGAAGAUCUGGCUGCAUUAGAUUUAUUAUCCUUUCAUUAAUCAUCAUUCUAGCUAAAAAUACAUAAUCUAGUCAAAUGUGAUGCUUCCCUCACCCAUUUUACUUGCUACAGGGUUGUAGUUGAUGGUUGAAGGUGUGAAGAGCUACUGGUCAUCUGUGAAAGUCAGGGUGCUUGUAGAAUCAAGACAUUUGAAGCUAAUAGUCUACAUGAAUUAAACAGGCUAUUAAAAAGGAUCAGUAGAGACAAUAUGUGUGCCUCAGCAACCUGCAAAUGUCUUGCGCUUAAUUUUUUGACCCUUACUUUUACUUAUAUUUUCCCCACAUCCUAAUUUUUAGUUUAUUUUCUUUUACAUCCCUCUUUUUAAAAAAAAAAAAAAUCAUGCUAUGUAUUUUUUGUUUUGUUUCGGCGCACGGCGCAGGACCUUGGUUUGUAACAUGUUGUGGUUAUAAAAAGCAAAUUAGCCUUGAAAGAAAUGUACCUUGACAUUUGUUUAAUAGACCAGGUCCAGCUCUUGCUUUAAUUCCUAGUAGAAACACUGUUAUAUCUCAUGAUAAGGGAUACUAAUUUAUGACUGUAAAAAUGUUGGUCCUUGAACCUGACGCGAUCAGGUGGUUUGUCUGUGUUAGUCAAACUGUGAUGUGUUGCUGUGUGGUCAAACAUUAUGUGUUUUCACUCUCUACAUAUGUCUUACUGAGGUAAUGGACAUGCUAGAUAGCUGAAUGAUCAAGAUUUAAAAAAUGUGUAUCAUGGUCCAUGAUAAUCCUACAUCGUGGUAGUAUUUUUGAGACUAUAUUUUCAGUGGCAUUGCUCUGCCCAUGCAAUGUCUGCAGAGUUAGUAGGUGUUACACUUUGAUGCCAUUCAGUAAUGAUUUUUACAUGAAAAAAGAGCAUUGCCACUUUGUCUGCACUUUAUUUUGCAGUGACAGUGUAUGUAUUGUCUGAGAUUUUGUAUUGUAGUGCCAUGCAGGCUGUUUUCGACAAACGAUACUCAAAAAGCCAAAGUACCACAGGAACAGAACAGUAGCAUGUCCUGCACCCCUACUUCAAUAAGUGCAAUACACUCAGUCGGUCAUGUUGAGGUUGGGUCUUAUGGUGAACUCACAUUAUAUCAUUGUUUGUCUUUUCUUAGCACGCAGCAAUGGUAAAGAGCCGGUUUGUUCCAAGUUACUAAAUGUUAUGUUGAAGGUUUCAACUGACAUGUGACAUUUAAAAAAAUAUAUUUCUGACCUACGAAUAGAUUAUGUGUUUCAUCGCUACAUUAAGCUAACUAAACUUUUAUUAUCCUAUUCUGUAUUAGAUGAGUGAAAUGUUAAAGAUAAGAAGUGUUGCAGCGGUAUAAUUUUUAGUUUACAUGUCAUACAAGUACUUAUUUUACAUAUUUAUUUUAAUUAUCUAUCUAUCUAUCUAUCUUAUUGUUAAUUUAUUGAUUUAGUUAUUUAAAAGAAAUCAGACAGCACCUCUAAUCAUUUCACAAGCCACUGUUUCUGACAGUUCAGUCAGUAAUAAGGAUUAUCAGUGUGGUUGUUAGGGUCCAGCUUUGCAGUAUCUUGUAACUCAAUUUACCUCGGAGGGGUGGAAUAACACAACAGUUGCAGUCAUUUUGCAGGGGUAAUCAAGAAUAGGAGAUUCUUGGCUGUCAAACAGCUGAAUAAAUAUGUACCACUCAACACUGACAAUCACAGGUUUCUCUAUAUACUAUAAUGAACCAUUAUCAGUGUCUCAUUUUACUGUGAACUGAACAUGUAUGGCAAGUCUUCUCCAGUUCUAUGUAGAGUGUCAUCACUCGUGGGUGGUACGCCUCAUUUGUGUGUGUGUGUGUGUGUGUGUGUGUGUGUGUGUGUGUGUGUGUGUGUGUGUGUGUGUGUGUGUGCAUGUGUGUGUGGUGCAUACAUGCGUGAGUGCGUUUUUGCACAUAUGUUAGAGGAGAGAGUCAAGUUUGAUGUGCAUAAUCAAAAUAUGAAUGUUAUCUACUUAGCUAUUGUAAGACUGCAUUGCCUGAUCUUUUCUGCUGUCUUUUCUUACUAUUUGUUAUAUAAAAAAUAAACUGACAUUUCUCCUUUUCA